CUCGAGUUCAUCCACCGACGGUGACGAGACCAGGAAAGGAUGGCUCAGUUCUUCGGCCGCAUGUGGGACAGGGCGCAGGGCAAGCUGUACGUGCUGAUGAUCUGCGACAAGGUGUUCAAGGAGCUGGCCGACAAGAACAAGCAGCUCCUGGACAUCAACUCCCUCCAUGUCGCCACCCUCAUGGUUUACAACUCGAUAAACAAGCAAUUAGCUGGCCCACAUAAGGAUCCGCCGUGCAUGAAUGAUGUCGCUAAAAAGAUGGAGUCCUUCAAGAAGAAUAAAAUCGAGGGGAUAACACUGGAGGAGUUCCGGGGUCUGAUCAUGGAGUGGGUCCGCAAGGAUCUGCGGCUCGUCCUCGCGAACAAGGCCGCGGUGGCGAUCAUGGCGGCGCCGCUGCUGGCCGUCACGGCCAAGAACGCCGGCAAGCAGGUGCCGAGGAUCGGGCCCGCCGUGGAGAAGGUGCCCACGCCGCUGCUCUUCACCGUCUUCUCCGUCGGGCUCAUGUUCCUGCAGGACAUCCGGGCGGGCAAGCAAUGAGCGAAGCGCAAUCAUCCGAAUCACUUGGGCUCGCAGGAACUCAUUGAGUGGCAUGCAUUAGGCCUCACGUAAACUGCAUUUCUGCUGUAUUAUCGUGUACUGUUCAAGGCCUUUGUUGCAGGCAUGAAAAAUGCUCAAAUUAGACCAUCCCCAAUCCUGGAUGCUUAUGUUAGGUGCUUAUAGAGAGAGAAUGAGGCUAAUCAGUAAGAAUCUUCUAUAAAACAUCCGUGCCCCCAACGCAAACAAAAUAGCAUUAGACAGAUUGUUACUAUAUCAGUAACCUUAUGUGUUAUGUGCUUCAAAUGGUGUGAUAACUACAAUACGAUUAUGG